CUUUUCCUUUUUUAUAGAAUGGUCCCACGUGGGUAACAGAGGAAACUCCACCUCGUGCGAUUCAUCUUUACGGCAUGACAUGAAAUCUCGAAACACCACAAUACAGAGAUAAUUCAGAAAAAUGCUGUUUGGAAAAGAUGUCCCAUGGCGGCGUUUAGAGGGCAUGUCGUUUGGCAUGUACUCGGCCGAAGAAGUAAGGAAGUUGAGCGUGAAGACGAUCACCAAUUUCAGGUUUCUUGACGCUGUUGGAAAUGUGGCCCCCAACAGUCUGUACGAUCUGGCCCUGGGGUCAGCAGACAUGAAAGAGGUCUGUUCAACUUGCUGUCAGGAUUUUAACAACUGUCCGGGACAUCUUGGACACAUAGAGCUGCCUCUACCAGUAUAUAAUCCGCUGUUCUUUGAUAAACUUUACCUGUUGAUUCGUGGCUCCUGUUUUUCUUGCCAUGCAUUGACUUGUCCCCGAGCUUCCAUCCACCUGCUGCUCAACCAGCUAAAGUUGGUGGACCAUGGAGCCAUGCAACAGGUGUACCUUAUUGAGCAAGUUCUUUGCCAGCACCUUGAAGAGAAUCCCAAAGCCACAGGAGACGAGAUUGAGCAAAUACUGAAGCAGUUCACAGAGGGGAUAGUCGGGCAGAAUGCCGAAGGAUCAGAGACCUCCAAACCUAUUAAACAUCUUGUAGAAAAGAAAAGCAGCCUGAUCAAUGACUUCUGGAAAAGCCAAAUGAAAACCAGGACCUGUCCCCACUGUAGUGGCAAGCGAUCUACAGUGCGUCGUGAGCAUAACAGCAAGCUGAUCGUCACAAUGCCUUUGGGAGCUCAAACCCCUGAUGGUACCAGUGAACCUCUCUUCCAUCUUCAUGCAGAUGAACAAAUGGCUGGAAAGAGAGUCUACCUGACUGCCAGCACGGCUAGAGAACAUGUCAAUAAACUUUGGGAAAAAGAAGGUUUCUUCCUCAAAUGUCUUUUUCCUGGGUUGGAGGAGACCACGGGGUCUGCAGAGAAAGUGAAGGGUUACUAUCCAGACCUCUUCUUCCUGGAGCUAAUGGUGGUCCCACCUUGCAGAUAUCGUCCAAUCAAUCGACUGGGUGACCAAAUGUUUACCAACGGUCAGACUGUCAACAUGCAGGCUGUGAUGAAGGACUGUGGGGUCAUACGAAAACUUCUGGCUCUCAUAGCUGGAGAAAAGAUUACUAAGGAAGCAGAGGCUGUGGAGCCGACUGACCAGACUUUUCUUAAUGGGAUCACCGGGCUGACGUUAACAGAUAAACUCUACAACACGUGGAUCCGCCUGCAGAGCCACGUCAACAUCGUCUUCGACAGUGACAUGGACAAACUGAUGACAGAGAAAUACCCAGGAAUCAGACAGAUCCUUGAAAAGAAAGAUGGCUUGUUCCGCAAGCACAUGAUGGGGAAACGAGUGGACUUUGCUGCCCGAUCAGUCAUUUGUCCUGAUAUGUACAUAGGAACCAACGAGAUCGGAAUACCUAUGGUUUUCGCCAAAAAGCUGACCUACCCUCAGCCCGUCACCCCGUGGAACGUAAAGGAGCUCCGUCAGGCUGUUCUCAAUGGGCCCAACGUCCACCCUGGUGCCUCCAUGGUGAUUAACGAGGACGGCAGGAAAACCAUUCUGUCAGCCACGAACCUGGCACAGAGGGAAGCAGUCGCUAAGCAACUGCUGACCCCCUCACCCGGUCCACACAAGAUGCCCAUGAAGAUAGUGAAUCGUCAUAUAAAGAACGGAGAUGUUUUAUUACUCAACCGACAGCCGACGCUGCACAGACCCUCCAUACAAGCCCACUGUGCUCGGAUCUUACCCGGCGAGAAGGUGCUGAGACUACAUUACGCCAACUGUAAGGCUUACAACGCUGACUUUGACGGAGAUGAAAUGAAUGCCCACUUCCCUCAAAGUGAGCUUGGCAGGGCGGAGGCGUACACGUUAGUCAGCACUAACCAGCAGUACCUCGUCCCCAAGGAUGGCAAACCUUUAGCAGGUCUGAUCCAGGACCACAUGGUUUCAGGAACGAGGAUGACGAUACGAGGCUGCUUCUUUACCAGAGACCAGUAUACUGAGUUGGUGUAUAGGGGACUGACUGACAAGCAGGGCAGAGUAAAGCUUCUGCCUCCAGCUAUAGUCAAACCACAACCUCUAUGGACUGGAAAGCAGGUGGUGUCCACUCUUCUGCUGAAUGUAAUCCCUCAGAAGGCUGUGCCUCUUAACCUGUUUGGGAAAUCAAAAAUCCCGAGCAAGGCAUGGAUCAAAGAGCCCCCACGAGCAACUCCUGGAUACAAACCUGAGAGCAUGUGUGACUCACAGGUGGUGAUCCGUCAGGGAGAGCUGCUUGUUGGGGUUCUUGACAAAGCUCAUUACGGCUCCUCAGCCUACGGUUUGGUGCACUGCUGUUAUGAACUAUAUGGCGGCGACACCAGUGGGAAGCUGCUCAGCUGCCUUGCUCGUCUCUUCACCGCAUACCUGCAGCUGUACAGAGGCUUUACGCUGGGUGUGGAGGACAUCUUGGUGAAACCAGGGGCCAACAUCCAGAGAACAAAACUUAUUAAACAAUCUCUGAAGAUUGGGACCAAAGCCCUCCAGGCAGCGUUCAACCUGCCUCCUAAUGUAGACAUAGCUGAAGCCCAAAGUCGAUGGCAGGAUGCUCACCUCAACCCCGACCAGAGAGACUUCAGCAUGGCUGACCACAAGUUCAAAGAAGUUGCUAACCAAGUCAACAAUGAUAUCAACAAGGUCUGCAUGCCGGUCGGACUGCACACAUCUUUCCCAGACAACAACCUCCAACUGAUGGUGCAGUCUGGAGCAAAAGGGUCUACUGUGAACACCAUGCAGAUCUCAUGUCUGCUUGGCCAGAUUGAAUUGGAGGGCCGUAGGCCUCCUCUGAUGCCUUCUGGGAAAUUCUUGCCAUGCUUCCAGCCGUACGACCCUUCACCAGGGGCUGGGGGCUUUGUUUCUGGAAGGUUUCUCACAGGCAUCAAACCACAGGAGUUUUUCUUCCAUUGUAUGGCUGGCAGAGAAGGACUGGUGGACACAGCUGUGAAAACUUCCAGAUCAGGAUAUCUUCAGAGAUGCAUCAUAAAGCAUUUGGAGGGUUUGGUGGUGCAGUAUGACAUGACUGUGAGGGAUAGCGAUGGAUCUGUGGUUCAGUUCUUGUACGGUGAAGAUGGGCUGGACAUCCCUAAAACUCCAUUUCUGCAGCAAAGACAGUUUCCCUUUAUAGAAGACAACUAUGAGGUCAUACGGAGUUCUCAGGGUCUUGACAGUGUUCUGGCCCGUUUGGACCCUCAAACUGCCAGGCAUCACUUUGCAGCCAUCCAGCGCUGGAAAACAAAGCGAGAGAUGGCGUGCCCCCGGAGAGGAGCAUUCUUGCUAUUUUCCCAAAAGAAGUUGACAAAACUAAAAGAGACCAUGCAAGGGACAGAGUCCAGUGGAGACACUGCAAUAAAGCAGAACUCUUCUCAGCUGGAACAGCAGUGGCAUGCCCUGGAUGAAGAUGGCAGGACAAAAUACAUCAGGAAAUCCUGUCGUUGCCCAGACCCAUCGCUGGGCGUUUUUAGGCCUGACGUGUGCUUCGGCUCUGUAUCUGAGAACUUCUAUGACAUCACAGAGAAGUACCUCCAGAGUAGGAAUUGCACUAGUCCAGACAGCGUGGACACAGACAGCCUUCGCAAGCUGUUGCAUUACAAGUGGCAGCGCUCACUGUGCGACCCGGGCGAGGCUGUGGGUCUGCUAGCAGCCCAGUCCAUAGGUGAGCCCUCCACCCAGAUGACGCUGAACACCUUCCACUUUGCUGGCAGGGGAGAAAUGAACGUCACUUUGGGAAUACCUCGACUGCGAGAGAUCCUGAUGGUGGCCAGUUCCAAUAUUAAAACACCUAUGAUGAGCAUCCCUGUGCUGACCAACAAGAAGGCUCAGAAAAAGGCAAAGAUGCUGCGGAAGAAACUCACCAGGGUUUGUCUAGCUGAGGUGCUGCAGAAUGUGGACGUCGUUGAGACACUGCUAAUUGAAAAUGAUCAAAAGCUGCGUGCAUUCAAGGUUGCCUUUCAUUUCCUGCCACCUGAACGCUAUAGUGACGAUAAGCUGUUAUCACCACAUCAGAUCCUCCACUACAUGGAAACAAGGUUUUUCCGUCUCCUCCUUGAAGCCAUUAAAAAGCGCACAGCCAAGCUGGCCUCUAUCGCUGUGGAGACGAGGAGGGCCACCCCCAGAGAUGCGGAUGGCGGGGGCGCAGCCGCCACACCAGGGUUCGGUGACGGGGAAGGAGAGGAGGAGAGAGAGAUUGUUGAUGACCAGGGGGAGGAAGGAGAUGCUGACGCAACGGAUGCCAAGAGAAGAGGCAAACAGGAAGAAGAGGUUGACUAUGAAAGCGAGGAUGAGGAUGAACGUGAGGACACUGAAGAUAAAGAGGAACGGGCCGAAGGGGAGGAUGUAGAGAACGGACAGGCGAUUGCUGUGGAGGAGCCUCAACCGCAGUCUGCUGGGGAGAGGGUAGCAAAGGGCAAGAAACAAGCAAAAAGAGUGGUGGGGGAGGGAUCCUCGGUCCAGAUGAGGGUAAACUCGGUCCUGGAAGUACACUCGGCCAUUCAGAAAUACAGCUUUGAUGAGCAGAAUGAACUCUGGUGUGAGGUCGAGCUUGCCUUACCUGUGACCAAAGUGCACUUUGACCUGACCUCGGUCCUGUCCACGCUGGCUAAGAACGCAGUCGUAAUGGAAACCAAGGGCCUGACACGCUGCCUGCUAAGUGAAACUACGACCGAGUCCGGAGAAAAAGAGACCGUUCUAAAUACAGAGGGCAUCAACAUGUAUGAAAUAUUCAAGUACAGCAACAUUUUGGACAUCAAUAGGCUGUACUCCAAUGAGGUCCAUGCCAUGGCUAGUACCUAUGGUAUUGAAGUGGCUCUGAAAGUCAUUGAGAAGGAGAUCAAAGACGUGUUUGCAGUCUAUGGUAUCGAGGUUGACCCCCGACAUCUGUCACUGAUGGCAGAUUACAUGUGUUUCGAAGGCGUGUACAAGCCACUAAACCGGCACGCCAUUCAGUCCAAUUCCUCUCCCCUUCAGCAGAUGACCUUUGAAACCAGCUACAAAUUCCUUAAACAAGCGACCAUGCUGGGGUCACAUGACCAGCUGGCGUCACCUUCCGCCUGCCUGGUGGUGGGAAAAGUGGUCAGAGGAGGGACAGGACUGUUUGAACUGAAGCAGCCUCUGCAGUAGAGGACUAAGCUGUUUUUUUUUUUUGUUUUUUUUGG